AUGGCAACAGGCGUAAAACCUCGUGAUGAAGAAAGUAAACUAUCCAGAGCCGACCUAGAUAUUAUCCAAGAUGCAAUGAAGAAUAAGAAGUUUCGAGAUUUGUUGGCCGAGUACUGCGAGGAAAUACGUGACCCGGCGAAUCAAGCCGUAUAUCAAAAGGAAAUGGUUCAGCUCGAGAAGGAACGGGGUUACGAUGUAACAUUUAUUAAUCCUAAAGGAGGCUACGUGAUUAAGACCAGUGUAGCGGGCGACAGAAAAGCGUUCGUAAAUAUAUGUAGCAACGAAAAUAUCGAUAAACCAUCAUGCAAAGUUCAAGAAGUAGAUGGGCAGAAGGGUAUGAACUGGCAACUUCCGUAUUCUAUAAUACCACCAAGAGAAGAUUAUAACUCUAAAAAAGAAAGAUGUGUUAUUUACGAUGUGGUUUUUCAUCCUGACACACUACGCAUGGCUGAAGUUAAUAAACGAUUCCGGGAUCUAGUUAAUAAAACUGCGUUUGAGGGUUUGCAGAAAACAUACAAUAUUAAUUUAGACCUCAAUAACACUCGCUUUCCAAAGUCACACUAUAAGGGAAUGUCUGUACCAGCGGUAAUAAGAAAAGAAGAUCCAAAUUAUAAACCUACCGAAGAUUCUGAAAACCAGCAUAUUGAUCCUGGCUUAGAACAAUUGUAUCCUCAGCAUGUCUAUUCUCCCAAUGUCGAAUCUAGCCCUAGUGUACACCCAGAGAAAAAUACUAAAGAUAUUAAUAGUAAAUGCACAAACAUAGAUUUUAUGCAUACCAGUAAUGAUGGCUAUACCAUCCCUAAAUAUGUUAUUAAACAACAAAAAAAUGUUGAUCUCCAAGAGUUUACUUAUAGCAAAGAUAGUAAGCACUACACAGCAAUUCCCAGUCAUAUUAUUGUUGAAGUAAAUCUACCCCUUUUAUCCUCCACAAAAGAAUGUGUGUUAGACGUAAGAGAGAGAGAUUUAACCAUGAUCUCAGAAAAACCAGCAAAGUAUAAACUUAACAUAAAGCUUCCUUAUCCAGUGAAUGAAGAAAGUGGUAAAGCACAAUUUGAUAAAACAAAACAUUUACUAGUUAUUACAUUACCAGUGGUUAAAAGAACUUUGGAAAAUACUUACCGAGCAGACAGUGGUAUUGAAAGUGAAGAGCAUUCUGGGUCACACAGUGAAGAAGAGAGCAAAGAAUUAAUAGUCGAGCUUAACUCUACUGAUAAAUUGGUAACAAAACCAACAAAAUCUGAAAUAUGUACGGAUGAAAAUUUCUUAUUGCCUACCCUUGGCUACAUUCUCCCUGCUUACACUUAUAAUAUGCUAGAUGACAUUGUGGCUUUUACAUUUCAUGUCAAAAAUACUGACCCAGCUUCAGUAGAAGUCAGAAAUUGUGAUAACAAAAUUCAGAUAAAGUUUUCUUCUAUGGGAUCUGGAUUUGUCCCAGUUCAUUAUGCUGCCAUUUUAAUUUUUCCAAAUGAUGUUAAAUUUCAUGAUGCAACUGGUGAGGCAUGGGACAAUAAUGUCAUCUUACAAUUAGAGAUUGCUGAAAAACCACCAACACAGUUUGAAAUCGGGUUGAAUGAGAACUCUAUGAAAAAGGAAUCUUUUGACAUCUCAAAAGUAAAAGCAAAUAUAAAACCUGACAACACUGAAAUCUUACCGAAGAUACCAGAGGAAAGUGUUGCACCAGUUGUUGAAGUAACUAACUUAGGAACUGAGACAAAUAUCCUUGUUUCAAGUUCAAAUCAAAGAGCUCUUGAAGAAGAAAUUCGAGAUUCUGAAUCUGAUUUAAAAGAAACCGACAUAAAAUGUUCAGAAUCUUAUAAUAAUGAAAAUGGGGCUAAACCUAUUUAUAGGAAACCAAUAGCAAUGAUGAGGAGCUACUCUGAGUCUAGUUAUGGUGAUGUUGCAUCAUCCAUGGAUUAUAUCAGUUCUGAUUGCAUACCAGGAGAGUCCAGCUUAAAGAAGACUGUUAGAUUUAAAGACGAAAUAAAAACACAAUUUUACAGAUACAAUUCUUCUAUAGAGGGACAGAAAAAGAAAAAUCAACGAAAGAAAAGUAAAAAGAGGCAUCAACAUAAAAGUGAGAGUGAAGCGGAAGAUGAAUUCUCUAAUGUUGUUCAGAUGAAACCUCGUUUAAAAUCAGCCUUAAAGCAAAGGCGGGACAGCGGAUUAGCUGAUACCUCUGAUGCUGACGUUGACAAUAAGAUGAUGUCUGAUUUGGACAUGUACAAUUCCGCCACCGAAACAGAUGAAAAUAGUAACGAAAACGAUGCGAAUACUGAAAAUCAGGGACUUGAUAUGUAUAACAAUGGAAAAACAAAUGCCAAUCCCUCCCACCGAGAAAAUAAGAAGAAAUCUCCCAAAAAGGGUAAGCGUGGAACUAUGACUGACAAUAUUAAGCACAAUACGGAGCUGUAUGAUCCCAACAAAUUGAAUAAAGGCCAAUAUUUGGAAGUUAAGUUUAAAAAUGAUCUCAUAUUUGACUUAGAUAUGUAA